CUCCCUCCCCCUUGCAGGCGGAGCGGGCCCGGCAGGAGGCGGAGCGGGCCGCCGCACGUCCCCCAGCCGCUCGGCCGGCCCCCCCGCCAUGGGUCGGAAGCGCUGCGUGGGGGGAGACGGCUCCAAGAUGGCGGCGGGUUGCUGCGGGGUGAAGAAGCAGAAACUCUCCAGUUCCCCUCCGUCGGGCUCGGCCGGCCCGGGAGGCGGCGGCGGCGGCUCCCACUGCGGCGGGGCGGCGGCGGCGGGCGGCGAGCCGGGGGCGUUGCCCCCGCCGGGGGGCCCCCGCCUCAACGGCCUCGGGGGGCUGGCGGGGGGCGCCGCCGGCUGCGCCCUGGCCCCGCCGCUGCCGCCCAGCUGCGGCGGGGGCCCCGCCGGCCUCUCCCCGCCGGCCGCCUCGCUGCUCGCCUCCCCCGGCGCCGGCUCCGGCGGGCCCGGCUGCAGGAAGAUGGUGGUGUCGGCCGAGAUGUGCUGCUUCUGCUUCGAUGUGCUCUACUGUCACCUGUACGGCUACCAGCCCCCGCGGAGCCCCCGCUUCACCAAUGACCCCUACCCACUGUUUGUAACGUGGAAGAUUGGUCGAGAUAAACGAUUGCGUGGAUGCAUAGGUACUUUUUCUGCCAUGAACCUGCAUUCAGGACUCAGGGAGUACACACUUACUAGUGCCCUUAAAGAUAGUCGUUUCCCCCCAAUGACGAGGGAUGAGCUGCCACGGCUUUUCUGCUCAGUGUCUCUACUCACUAACUUUGAAGAUGUAUGUGACUACAUGGACUGGGAGGUGGGUGUACAUGGCAUUAGAAUAGAAUUCAUCAAUGAAAAAGGAUCAAAACGCACCGCCACCUACUUACCGGAGGUUGCAAAGGAGCAAGGAUGGGACCACAUUCAAACCAUAGAUUCCUUAUUGAGGAAAGGAGGCUACAAAGCUCCGAUUACUAAUGAAUUCAGGAAAACCAUAAAGCUAACCAGGAAUACAGACUUCUGAGAAUAUCUGUGCCUUGCAUUAAAUACAAUAGGGAUUACAGGCACUAAGCAAGGAAGAGAGGGCUGCUAAGUAGCUUGCUACAUAUAUACCAGGGAGUAUAUUUUGUUUCAUAACUGAGAAAUCCUUACAGCGUAUCAGCUCUGCAGUUUUACAGUUUGCUCAUUGGCUGCAGUGGAUCUCAAGGGGCAGUUAUUAAGGGGGAUUACUUGCCAUUGUCACGUUGUGUUUGAGCAGUCGGUGCUCUGUGGGGCUGCUGCUCUGGAGGCCAUGCAGUGCCCUGAGCUGCUCAGCUCUCCAAGUGGGCGCUGGGGCUUUUCCCUCCUGCAGAGUAGGGGCUUCAUCUCCUACCAGGUGCUGGGCAUGCAAACUGGGGAGCUGAUCUGACAGGUGGUGCAGCAGCUUGACUUCAUCAGGAAUUCUAGGAAGGAAGACAUAAGUCCAGUGCUUUAUUUCAUGCUCAGACACUGUUGUAUAAUUGUGUGCCCGUUGUAAAGCUUGUUUAAUACAACGUGCUCAUGAGGGCUCAUUAGCAGGUCAGAGCCAAAAUAUUAUAGAAUGGGUCGCAGAUGUUCCACCUAUAAAACUGUAGUUGUAUGGUGAAAGGUGAAAGAACAGGUGUCAAUAGGAAGCCCUGUAAAACAACAUAAUUCUAUAACCAUGCAGUACAAAGUGACUGCUGAGCUCUAGCUGUUUAUUCCAUGCUUUGAGAACUGAGGAUUUUAUGAAUCCUGUGUCAUAAGGAGGUAUUGACUGAUAACCCAUGAGGUUUCUUUUCUCUCUCUGGGGAUAACAAGCACUAUUAUUAACUCAGCUUAUAAAUUUGGUAGUUAGAGACCUUUGUCCAACACCAUUAUUCUUCCUAUCUUUUGGUGACUUGUAGGGACUCACAGGGAUAGGAGAUUCAUUUUUAAUAUGUUGGUUGGGUAUGUUACCAUCACUUCUGUGUACUUAUUUCUUUGGGAAUUCUUUCCUCCUUAGUGCAGCUGGAUUGGGUGUGAGCUAGACUCGACUCCAUGUUUCCAUAAUUAAAACCCAGUCCUUUCAUUUCAGACAAAAAUACUGGGCUUCUCAUUAUUGUUAAUGUGCACUUAGAAGACAAAGAGCUGAGAUUUUUUUUUCAGUUCCCACUUUUGUCACCUAGAUCUAAAAUGUUUGCCAUUACUUAGCAGUGUUUAGACUUGGCAGAAGACAGAGCAUUUCUCAGAAAACUGUGUUUUCACUUUAGAAGAAUCUGUCCUUCAUUCAGUGUUGUUCUGGGUAAGGAAAAAGACUUCGUCCCACUGACUGUUUGAAAUUCUGCUUUCUAGUAGGAACCUGAUUACAGGGGAGUUGCUAUUGCUAAGGAAAACACGCUGUUCUCAGGGUUACAUUUGGGAGGAAGGGUUUAUAGAAUCCAGCUUAAACUUCCAAAUGCAGCGCCCCAAUUUUCUUGCUAUCUAUUUUAAAGAAGAAUAUAUAGAACAUAUGGUGAUAAUUUAGGGCACGAGUAGCUGUUGGAGUUCUUAAGUGAGACUUUCUGUUCACCUCAGUGAAUAAGGGAUGUAUUUUUCCAAGACACAAAACUUCUGUAUAGCACGUACAUUCUUCCAGCUCCAUGAUUCUGUUUGAAGCAAUGGCAUACCAGUGCAGAACAAAACAAAAGUGUUCUGUUUAGUGUAUUUAGUUCAACAUCCCAGCCACAAAAUCACAAGCCUAAUGAGUAGAAUAGACAAAGCGUGUUGUUUAAUGUUAUGAUUUUUUUUUCCAUCUGUGAUUCUACACAGGCUGCCCUUGGCCUGUUUUGACUCACUUAGAACCACUAGUUGCCAAGCUUAUAGUUUAGUUCCAUAGUGGUGGGGGAAUUAAUGCACAGAUCAGCUGACUCAUCAGGUGCAGGGAGCACAGUGCACCACUCCUAUCACUGAGAGAGGAGCUGCAGCUCAGCUGUGACCAGCAGCCAUUUAAGUCAGUACAUCAUUAACCAGCACUGUUGUAGCAAGUAAUUGUGGGCACUGUGGUGCACUGAAGCAAGAAGCUGCAAGGAUAAGGUGUUCUGCUCUGUUCCUCUGGCAGAGGCAGCAGAAACAAUUGUGUUUGCCACCUCAGUUGCUGCAGUUGGUAACUACAGUAGUUUAAAUGUCUGUGUUGGGCUGCGAGUGCAAACUGUUGAGGCAUGCAUUGUGCUUUUUCAGCCCUAAGAGGGAAAACAACAAACAGAGCAACUCCAGAAGAGAAAUGUCAUAAACAGGUGGCAGUAUUUUAAACCACUGUAGCUGGAUUCACCACCUCUCAUCUGUAAGAUCUCUUAUGCAAGGGCUCACGAAGUGACAUUUGUGGCAAUAUGGAAUAGUGUUAUUUUUGUGUAGAUUUCACAGUUUUACAGAUAAGUGUAAAUGUGGCAAUAUGUUCCUUGUUGUCAAACAGUAUCAAUGCAAAUUUAUCUGAAGUAUUUUCUGGGGGGUGGGGGCAGUUCUACUUUAAAGCUAUAUAUGGUUUAAAAGGGAAAUAACUUUAUUUAACGUAGCUGGAUUUAUUUUAAAAGCAGAAUGUGCUAAAAAUUACUUUUUAAAAACAGCUUUGGAAUCAGUACUGCUUGUUUACAGGGCUUUUCUCUGUUCUCCAAAUAAUCUCUAGAUUAUUUGUAGAGAAUUGGCUGAUAAUUUCAGACGCUCAGUCAGUCAUCACAGUUCAAAUACCUUGAGUAAAGUAGUAGGCAGUGAUUUUUAAUAGUUUUUUUUUUUUUAAUUUAAAAUAUUUUUCAUAAGCACUUAUGUUGUGACUUGUAUGAUUCAAGAACAACCCCCAAAAACAUGGUAGUUCUCUCCAUGCCCUUGUGCAUGCAAUCUGAAGUUUGUCUUAUUCCUAAGACCAGAAGUGCAGAGCUGUUCUCAUCAUUAAACGUACACCUAGCACCAUAUUCUUAGUGCUGCUCAUAGCUGCCCAAUGAAAGUUCUUGAAUUUGCUUUCUCUCUCUUUUCUAGGUACCGUAGUGAGAAGAUGACCAUGAGCUACACAGAGUACCUUGCCCAUCGUCAGCAUCAUCACUUCCAAAAUGGCAUUGGGCACCCCCUCCC